AUGUUGGUGCCCCGGGCCGCCCCAGCCUGCGCCAUGCCCGCCGCCUCGCCCACGCGCCCCGCCCCGCGCCCCAUCACGCCCGCGGCUGCCUACUCCCACCACUACCACAUGUCUCCGCCGGCGCCGAGCUACGGGCGGCCCCGCCUGAUGGCCGCCCUCACGCAGCCCUCGCCCCCGGGGGUGUCUCGGUCCCGCUCCCCCCACCCCAGCCUGGCCCAGUACGAGGUGCCUGGCCUGCCCCUCAGGGCGCCGCCCCACGCCUUCCGUCCCCCUGGCGUUCAUGGUUCCCUGGGCUCCCCCAAGCAGGCCGCCGUGUGCCCCGAGGCACGCGCCCCCUACCCCACCCCCGACCUACCCGACACCCACCCACCUCCCUGGCGGUCUGACGCGCCGCCUCAAGCCUCGGACAUGCCCUUCGACCUGUCCACGCACAACCGCGAGCCGCGCAUGUCCCCUGCCUCGCGCCCCCUGGACCUGACGAGAAUAUGA